CAAAAACUUUUCAGCUGCAUUAUGCGCGCCGUUUCUGACAAUCAUGAGUAAGGGUCUUCAUAAGGCCACCUGGGGAGGCUGGUCUAAAGCGUGCCUGCAGGACUGGGGCUCAUACAUCCACUUGGCCAUCCCCAGCAUGGUCAUGUUGUGUGUUGAGUGGUGGGCAUAUGAGUCAGUAGGUUUUCUGGCAGGUCUAAUAAGUGAGGUGGAACUUGGAGCUCAAUCAGUUGUAUACGAACUAGCAAAUGUUGCAUAUAUGUUCCCAAUAGGUUUCAGUGUAGCAGCCAGCAUAAAAGUUGGAAAUACCUUGGGAGCUGGAGAAACAGAUCAGUCCAAGCUGUCUGCUAAAGUGGCAAUGUGCUCUGCAGGUUAGUGUGCUCUGAAACAGUUUCUAUGCUAUAUACUACUAUCUU